GGCCGGGCAGGGCAGAGCCGCGGGCGCGCGCAGGCAGCCGCCGCCGCCGCCGCCGCCGCCGCCAUGGGCUGCACCGUGAGCGCCGAGGACAAGGCGGCCGCCGAGCGCUCCCGCAUGAUCGACAAGAACCUGCGGGAGGAUGGCGAGAAGGCGGCGCGGGAGGUGAAGCUGCUGCUGCUGGGUGCCGGCGAGUCUGGGAAGAGCACCAUCGUCAAACAGAUGAAGAUCAUCCACGAGGAUGGCUACUCAGAGGAGGAGUGCCGGCAGUACAAAGCCGUGGUCUACAGCAACACCAUCCAGUCCAUCAUGGCCAUCAUCAAGGCGAUGGGGAACCUGCAGAUUGACUUUGGAGACUCCUCCAGAGCGGAUGAUGCUCGGCAGCUCUUUGCGCUCUCCUGCACCGCCGAGGAGCAGGGCAUCAUGCCAGAGGACCUGGCCAACGUGAUCCGGAGGCUGUGGGCUGACAACGGAGUCCAGGCUUGUUUUAAUCGCUCCCGAGAGUACCAGCUGAACGACUCUGCUGCCUACUACCUGAACGACCUGGAGAGGAUAGCCCGUACCGACUACAUCCCCACCCAGCAGGACGUGCUGCGCACCAGGGUGAAGACCACCGGCAUCGUAGAGACCCACUUCACCUUCAAGGACCUGCAUUUCAAGAUGUUUGAUGUGGGCGGCCAGCGCUCAGAGCGGAAGAAGUGGAUCCACUGCUUCGAGGGGGUGACGGCCAUCAUUUUCUGCGUGGCCCUGAGUGCCUACGACCUGGUGCUGGCUGAAGACGAGGAGAUGAACCGGAUGCACGAGAGCAUGAAGCUCUUCGACAGCAUCUGCAACAACAAGUGGUUCACGGACACAUCCAUCAUCCUCUUCCUCAACAAGAAGGACCUCUUUGAGGAGAAGAUCGUGCACAGCCCCCUGACCAUCUGCUUCCCCGAGUACACAGGGGCCAAUAAGUACGACGAGGCGGCCGGCUACAUCCAGAGCAAGUUUGAGGACCUGAACAAGCGGAAGGACACCAAGGAGAUCUACACCCACUUCACCUGUGCCACCGACACCAAGAACGUGCAGUUCGUCUUCGACGCCGUCACCGACGUCAUCAUCAAAAACAACCUGAAGGACUGCGGGCUCUUCUGAGGGCCGGCGCUGCCCAGGACCCCCGGCCACGCCGGUGAAGGAAGGACCGUGCCGCCCCCCUACUCCUGCUUCUCUUCGGAUUCAUCCCUCUGCCCCCACCCCAUAAAGAGACUUUUUGGGUGCCAGCGUGGUGGCAGGCCCUGUGUCGCCCCUGCCACCCACGCUCCCCCCCCGCCAUCCUCCUCCUCCUCCUCCUCGCCAGCGUCGCCCUUCCUGGGGAAAACGAGGUUUUAAUCUUGGUUUUUAACCCCUGAACCACUCCAGCCCCCCAGUUCAUUCGCUCCCGAGCCCAGGCGCUCUCAUUGUUUACAUUGCAAGUGUUGCUGGCACGGGGGGGACACAGGGGUCCCCUCGGGGAUGCCCACCCGGCCGAAAACACGACCGAUGACAUUCCUUUUAGUAAACCAGAAAAGAAAGAAAAAAAAAAAACAAAACCAAAACCGUGCAAAAAACCACACCACACCGGCUGGGGCGAGGUUGCUUUUUAAAGAAACCUUUUUACCAAACUAUUUAAAAGCGUCAAGUGCUACGUGGUGGCGAUGUCCUCCAUGGCCAGCCCACCCCCCAACCGUGUGCCUUGGGGGGGGUCCGUGCCCCACCCCGCCUCGCUGCCCCCCACCCCGCCGCCCAGAGGGAUGGGCAGCCCCCGGCAGGCAGUGGCUGGGCAGGAGGGCGGGCAGGGGGCUGCUGCCCGCUGCCUGUAUUCCCCCCCCCCCCUCUUCUUUCUAAGCCUAGUUUUGUAGGGCUAGCUGUUGCGUUGGGCGAGGAGAGCCCGCUGUACAGAGCGGCCCCCGCUGUCCCCCCCCGGCCUGGGGGGGCCCCCUCAGCUGGUGCCUGCGGCCUUGCUUUUCCCACAGGAUGUUUUACCGAAUUGUUCACAUGGUUUGAAAUAAUAAAAUGUAGAAAGGAAAAAAAAAAAAAAAAAAAAAGAAGAAAAAUAUAUAUACUGACCCCUCCC